AUGUCCAUGAGAUCGACAGCGCCACUUUUUAAGGUUCUUACUAAUGCGGCCUUCCCUCUUACCAUAAUUCUUAGCGUGAUUCCUUCGGAGGACGCUCACCAGAGCGAAUAUACGGCCGAAUGUGAUGCUCGCAGGGCAUUCAUUUCUGGCUUUACCGGUUCAGCAGGAUUGGCUGUGGUUUCCGAGGAUUGUGCGGCGCUUUUCACCGACGGGCGAUACUUUCUCCAAGCAAGCAAACAAUUAGAUCAAAACUGGACGCUAAUGAAACAAGGUUUACCGGAUGUCCCCACCUGGCAAGAGUAUUUGCAGAACCUUCCCAAAGGUUCAAAAAUUGGUAUUGAUCCGACGCUAAUAACAGCUCUUGAUGCCAAAUCAUUGUCCGAGUCAUUGGAAAAGAAUGGAUCAUCGUUGGUGCCUACAGAUGAAAACCUAGUAGAUCUGGUAUGGGGAGAUGCAAGACCACCUCGUCCUGUCAACCCAUUAAUAGUCCUCGAAGAAUGCUACACCGGAAAAUCCCAUAAGGAAAAGAUUGAAACCCUUCGUGAAGAACUUGCUAAAGAGAAACAUUACGGUUUUGUCGUUUCCGCUCUGGACGAAAUUGCGUGGCUCUUUAAUCUCCGGGGAUCCGAUGUAAAAUUCAAUCCAGUCUUUUUUGCCUACGCUCUUAUAACUAAGCACGACAUUGUCCUUUACAUCGAUGAGACCAAACUAUCCAAAUCGGUGACGGAUCAUUUGGGACCUGAUGUAAAAUUUCGACCUUACAACGCUAUUUUCGAUGACUUGCGAAAACUCGCGGUUGCUCUGAAAAAAGAGGAACAAAGACUUCUUAUCAGCACCAGGACAAGUUAUGCCCUCGCAAAAGCAGUUGGCGAAGUAGGAUUUAAAUUUUAUGGAUUAAAGUCUAUCGUCACAAAUG